UAGAUAUACCUCCAGAAAGAGUGGGCCGCUCUAUUGGAGAAGUGGGCAGGAACUGAGUUCGGCCCUAAGGAGUUUCAUGUAUUGACUAGUACAGCAAUGGCUGAUGGUUGGGAGCCUGAGAUAGACUGGCUCUGCCAAGUACGUGGAAAAGCCGUUAAAGGCCAUGAACUUCCUCCUGGUCAUAUAGGAUGGAUGGAUGCCACACAGGUUCUCAUGCCAGUCAUAAUUGGCCACCAUUUUAUCCUAUGUCGGAUUCGGUUAGGAGAAGCCGUUUGCGAGGUCUAUGACCCAGUAUUCCACAAGCUAACACCUCGACAACAGGAUACUCGAGUUGGUGAUUUACUACCUUUACUGAGAUUGUUGCCAGUUGUCCUUCAGGUGUCGAGGUGGCUAGAUGACACAUCCAUUGAUGCGACAGUGGCAAAGAACAAGUGGCCACUUAUGACGGUAGUGUUUGCUCCAGCGGAGGUUCAGUUUCACCAGCAGGACUCUGUCAGCUGCGGGCCUUUCGUCUGCAUGUAUGCUGAACGACUGAUAUCUGGCUCUCCAUCCAUUGAGUGGGGUAAUAGCAACGUGGCGGCAUACAGGGCCAAGAUUGCUAGAUCUAUAUUUUCGUUGUGUGAAACUAGGAAAGCCCGUAUCACUAGACUUGGUCUUGCAUAG